AUGAAAUUCUUCUGUCUAGCUUUCAUAUUCACGUUCUUCGGCUUAUUAGCUUCGGUACAUGCAUCGAUAUAUUAUCAAUGCCCAAGUAGACGCUUAAUCUUGUUUAUUGAUAUCAUGACAAGAGCACAAGAAAUAUAUCGAAAGGUGAAGGACAUAGACACCAAUACACAACCCGGCCGAAACACUGUAGAUGGCAUCACUAUUUCUGGUAGUGUGGGAAGCGGAGACUUGUCUUACACUAGCCCGUUUGUUCCUUCCUUUCAAACCUCAAACACAUACAGUAUUUAUAUAAAUGGAAUCACGACAGACAUGUACUUAAGAGAGACUACAGGAAGUUCAACUCAAGAUUGUACUAUGGGAUCACCUGAAAGCCCCCCACCAUCGAACAGAGUAUCUGAUUGGACAUCACUUGGUGGUUAG